AUGAAAGAGACUACUGCAAAGCUAAGCAUUUCUGUGAAAGAAGCUCACGAGGAAAGUUUCAUGAGGUAUGGUCCUUGUGGCUUCAAUAGGAGACAAAUCUGUGCUGAAUUUCACAGAAUCUACACAGGAGAAAAACCUUAUGAUUGUCAUCAUUAUGGGAAACACUUGAGUCAACAGUCAUAUCUUAUUUACCAUCAAAAAAUUCAUACUGUAGAGAAACCACAAGAGCGUCAUGAAUGUGCUAAAGCUUUUAGUGAAUAUUCAUCCUUUAUUAUACAUCAGAGAAUUCACACUGGCCAGAAACCUUGUGAAUGUAAUCGAUGUGAAAAGACUUUUAGAAGAAAUUUUGAUCUUGCUAAACAUCAGAGAAUACACAUUGGAGAGAAACCUUAUGAAUGUCAUCAAUGUGGAAAGGCUUUCACACAGAGUUCCAACCUUACUCAACAUCAGAGAAUUCACACUGGAGAGAAACCUUAUGAACAUAAUCAGUGUGGAAAUGCUUUUAGAUUUAAAAGUCAUCUUACUGUACAUCAGAGAAUGCAGACUAGAGAGAAACCUUACGAAUGUGAUCAGUGUAGAAAAGCUUUCAAACAGAGGCCCCAUUAUGCCCUAUAUCAGAGAAGCCACAUUGGAGAGAAACCUUAUGACUAUAAUCAGUGUGGAAAAACUUUCAGAUUCGGCUUCAGUCUUGCUAUACAUCAGAGAAGCCACACUGGAGAAAAACCUUACAAACAAUUACAGCGUGGAAAGGCUUUCAGUCCAAAUUCCAAACUUGCUCAAUAUCAGAGAAUCCACACUGGGGAGAAACCUUAUGAAUGUCAUGAGUGUGGAAAGACUUUCCAACAGAGGCCCCAUUUUGCUCUACAUCAAAGAAGUCACACUGAAAAGAAACCUUAUGAAUGUAAUCAAUGUGGAAAGGCUUUCAAAUGCAGCACCAGUCUUGCACACUGGAGAGAAACCUUAUGA